AAAAAAGAAUUCCUGCAAGAUUUCCAGAAUUUGCCCACUCAGGUGACGGAUCCGCAUGUGGAUGUUUCAUGGUCACCGUUCCGCAACUUCAUGAACAUGUGGGGGUCGCACAUCGUGCAUGUAGCUUACACUGGAGCAGUUUACCAGAGCUUCAGUAGCUCCAAGUUCGAGAAAAAUUACAGUCAGAGAGACAUGGAGAUUAAGGCGUGCGUGAAGGCCGAGGGAAUCACGGGCAAGGCGUUGGAAGCCUGCGCCGGCUACAGCGAAUCCGAGCGACGGGAAGCAUCGAAGCUCACCACCACCGACACGAAGCGGGUGAAGGGUGGCAGCGCAGCUACACGCAGCCAAUUGGCCAGCGGGCUCGCCACUCAAGCGCUACUACAGGAGUUUCUGAGCCAAGACUCGGUGGGCGAGCAGCCCGUGCGAUACGAAUACCUUCCGAUCUGGGAUUUUCUACUCGGCCGCUCGGGCAGGAAUAGCGUUGACGCAAAGAGGGCUCUAGCACUGCAGGCGUACUACGAGGGGUGGAAGGCGAUCACUUGCCCACUGGUGGUAACAACAGGCCAAACCAACAACAACGCACAGAUGAUGGUUGCAGAGUACACGAAAGAUAAGCAAGCUACGGGAUACUACUUGUGCAUCCGUCGCUGCAAUGGCUGCCACAAUUACCACGAAGACUGCCACUACGAUUUCAGCGGGUGCUGCCGCUCUUACGGCCCGUCUGUGCUGAAACGCGGCUGGAGCACAGAUUUUGUGACUCGAGCCGGGGACUGGGAAUCGGGGUGGUGCAACUGGGACAAUGGGUGCUACUACCAGGUCGGGCUCGGAUGCGUUUGCGGUAAGAGCAAUGAGGAAAACGGAUGCAACUACGACUACCCUCUCAACCCCAAGGACGCCACCUGGCUCAAGUACAAGAUCCUCUGGAACCAGCACUCCUUGACACUCGACUCCGAUGACACUGCUGCUUACAUCGCCGAGGCUUAGAUCGAUGUAUCAACUGUCUACCUUGUCGAUCACAUGAGUUGAUGAUACAUACGACAUAGAAUAUGUUUCAGUGCUUGGCUGGCUCGUUACAAGCGGCAGUUAUCUCCUUUUCUGUGUUAUCGUAAUUUUGUGUAUGUGUGUGAAAGAGCUCAGCUCAUUAUGUAAAAAUAAAGGCAGGCAACGGCCAGCACUGUAAUAAUGACGA